AUGGAAUUCAGUUUUCUAGAAGAGGGGUGCGUCUGAUGCCCAGUAGAUUUGCUAUAGCUGAACCUUGAUAUUUAGCUCAUUAAUCUCCGGUGGGGGAUGCUUUUCUGUUUUGAUUUCCGGCCCUUUAAAUCGGAGACUCCACCUCCUUGCACUGGAUGGGCACAGUGCAGCCUGCUGGCAAUGCUGCCUACUGCAGGCCACGCCUAUUAAAGGAGCAGGGGUCGAGGAGCUUUUUGCAGAGUAGGGGGCUUCUCUGAUGAGCACCAUGCUUCCCGACUGGCUUUCCGGGCCACCUUCUCCACCUGUCACGAUCGCGCAUGACUUCAACAUGUGGCGGGACUACCUGAACCUGUCAAAAGUUCUUGGCGAAAUCAUUGAGGAGCACAGAAGGGGGUCCAGGAGCCUCCUAACCUGUGAGACUGCAGAUCUCUGCCUGCCAGGGACCCCCCUUCCAAUGCCUCCGGGGGACGCCUCGAGCCUGAAGUCAUCGGGCUGGAACAGGAGCAAUGGCAGCAGCUGUCCACAAAACGGGCAGAGCAGGGCGGCCACCCCUCAGACGCCCGGCAGACUCCUAUGCAACUUCUGCAGGCACAACGGGGAGUCCAAGAGGGUCUACUCCUCCCACUUGCUGAAGCAAGCCGAUGGCAUCGUGCUGUGUCCCAUCCUGCGCAACUACGUCUGCCCGGUGUGUGGUGCCACGGGCGAUGGGGCCCACACGCUGAAAUACUGCCCGCACAAUCAAGAGAAGCAGUCCCUCUACUGCAAAGGCGGGCGCAACUCGGCUGGCUUCAUAGUGAGAUGGUGA